CAUCUAUUACGAUAUUAAGUUUGACAGUAUGAGGAAGAAGCUUGAUACUCGUUUCCCCGCCGCACGAAUCAAGAAGAUUAUGCAGACCGAUGAGGAUGUUGGGAAGAUUGCUCUGGCCGUGCCGCUCCUGGUUUCGAAAGCAUUGGAGCUCUUUCUGCAGGAUUUGUGUGACCGGACUUACGAUAUUACUCUGAAGAGGGGAGCCAAGACGAUGAAUUCGCUGCACUUGAAGCAGUGUGUGAAGACAUGUAGCGUGUUUGAUUUCUUGAAGGAUAUUGUCAGUAAGGUUCCUGACCUAGGGGGGUCGGAUGCGGUUGGGGAGGAAGGUACGGUUGCGAAGAGGAGGAGAGUGAGUGCGGACGAUGAGGAUACCGAGAGUGAUGAUGAGGCCAAGAGGAGUAGGAUGGUGAGCGAUGCUGGUAAUGGUGGUGGAAGUGGAAGUGGAAGAGGAAGAGGACGGGGUAGGGGAAGGCCUAGAGGUCGCCCACGUGGUAGUCGGACAUUAGGGAGGGAGAUAAAUGCGCCCAAUGAGAACUGUGAAGAUGAUUUGGACAUUGUUAAGCGGGAGGACAAGCUUGAUGAACCCCUUGAACAGCGGGAUGACGCUACAGAGCCUAAAGGGUCAAAGGAAAACGUUUCAGGCAGCAAUAGUGCAGAAACAGCAGCUCUAAAUUUUGAUCUGAAUGUGGACUUGAAUGAAAAGAAUGAUUCAGCUACUACAUCAGCCGCUAUUCCUGCUCCUGAUCCUGCUAACCUGUCAUCACAGUUUACUCUUGAUAUGAAGCAUGUGGAAUUCCUAGGUUGGCCUUUGACGGGAAUGGAAAAGAUGGCCAUUGAUCCUGUUCAGCUUGCCAAUUUGACAAGGAGGAUAGAUGAGGAUGACGAAGAUUAUGAUGAAGAUUGACCAACUAUGACAAUGUGUCUAGGUAUCUGUUGCUGCUCACCUCCCCUAAUUUAUUUCUUCUGAUUCAUUGGGUGGAGUAGAUGUUAGAAAAAAGUUGUUUCAGAAGGUUAGGAAGAAAGAAUGAUACCAAUUUGCCAUUGUAGGGAAAGUUAGGACUGGGUUAUUUAAGUUUCAGCUUCUCUUUUGAACUUUGUAGUUAUGUUUAUAUAUCAGUCACUAACAACAGUUGGAAUAAUAUUUGAAGUCCCUGACUUUGUUCAUUUUUUUUUUCUGAUAAGGAAAUGGAAAUAUUGAAGAACUAUAACUAUGCAAGUCUGUUUACCCAGUUAAGCGCUUUAGCUUGUUUUUAUAUUUGUUACAUGAUGUGACUCAUAUGUAGGCUUGGAUAUACAUCAUAUCUUUGUGUGUUUGAGGAUUGAAAUCUAAACUCUUGAUACCUUUGGAGCAGUAUUGAGGGCAGAUUGAAAUCUAAACUUUUGGUAGAUAGAUUGAUAAAUCAAUAUAAUAGAAAUAAUACAGUUAUCAAGUAUUCUUUGUUGCUGGUUACAAUUCAUUCCAUUUGGCUCCAUCUUUUCAUUUUAACAGAAUUUGUAUAUUCAAGCGGACAAUAUGAUAGCCUUUUCAUAUGUAUGGGUGUGUGUUUUUUAACCAAGAAAAAGAACACACACACACACACACGCACACACAUAUCUAUAUAUAUAUAGCUUUAAAAAUUAACUUUCCUGGAAAAUUGAAAUAAAGAAAAAUGAUAAUUGAAAAAGAACUUUGGUGUAUGGUAUUCCAGUAGUCUUAUCAUCUCAAAAGUAGGUAACUUUGACUUGAGCCUUGUAUUAUGGUGUGUCAAAAAAAAGAAGAAAAAGGUGAGAUAUAUGUAUUAGCAAGAGGUUUGUUACUACAGAAACUAAAGUACAUUUUAUCUAUUGUGACGUUGUUUUUAUAGAGUAUCUGCCUUUGUAUUCAACAAUUCCAUUUUGCUGUUAUAUCUUCAAUAAAAGCUGAGUAAUAUGUGAUAACAGAAAUAGUGUUGAGCUUGGUUUUUGUCUGCAAAUAUGUUAUAUUUGGUUGCUGUUUUGCGUGUUCUGGGCUUUACAUAAUGAGUAUGUUAAUUUAAGAUUAUGAACUGUUGAAUUCUGAAGUUUUUACCUCGUUUGUGCCUGUCUGCAUAAAUGUUUUAAAGAAUGAAAUUGUGAGCUCAUUUUCUGUUUUUCGAAAACAAUGAAUAGCUUUAAUAUCAAUUGGUUAGUUUUUUAAUGCUUUGCUUUUUCAGAAGAAGGAUAACUUAUCCUUCUGGGGUGGAGUAGGGGGGCGAUAACAGUCAGGACCGGAGGUUUUUUUUUUUUU